GGAGUGGAUCCGCACUGAGUGACAGUCAGUCAACUACAGUCAGUCUGUCAGUCAGUCGGUAUGUGAAAGAAUGCAGAGCGCGGGCGGGGCUCUUUUUCGGAGCAUCUACAUUCCAAACGCUCCAUUGCCAGUAGAGAUCAUUCUUUGCCUGAAGACAAAGAGAGAAGCCCACACUGGUGACUUGGUUGGGACUCCGGAUCCACCGCCCUAAAUCAAUUACAAUUUAAUUUGGUUAGGCUACUCCAUGUUUCCACUAUACUCAAACUGGACAGUGUUCCUUCUCUACCCAAUGGAGAGCACUUAGCGGAUUUGACUGAAGUCUUCAUCUCUUCUCCUCUACUCAUCCACUGACGGUUGAUCCCUCUGUUCUCAGUGGAACGCUCGCUGAGCACCUGCGCUUGGGAGAAGGGCGUGGAGAUACACUCGGAAGGUACUCGUACGGGGCCAGGCUGAGUGAAUCGGGGAGUUGGCCCGGUUCUUCCGCGCGCAUGGAGGGAGACGUUAUGGACAAGCUAGAUAGCAUGGCUGCGGUGUGUGACUUCGAUCCCAUUGCGGGAAGCGUCCCGGCCACCAAAGUGGAGAUCACCGUGUCAUGCAGGAAUCUAUUAGACAGAGACACAUUCUCCAAAUCUGAUCCAUUGGUGGUGUUGUACACUCAGGGCGUGGAGACCAAACAGUGGAGAGAGUUUGGGAGAACGGAGGUGAUUGACAACACUCUAAACCCAGACUUUGUCAGGAAGUACAUCCUGGACUACUUCUUUGAGGAGAAGCAGAAUCUACGCUUUGACGUAUAUGAUAUCGAUUCCAAAAGUCCAGAUCUGGCAAAGCAUCCCUCCGACAUUGACCAGGACUUCUUGGGGCAGGUGUUCUGUACUCUGGGAGAGAUCGUAGGAUCCCCCGCCAGUCGACUGGAGAAACCCCUUGGUGGUAUCCCUGGGAAGAAAUGUGGUACCAUUAUCCUUUCAGUCGAGGAGCUGGGAAACUGCAGAGAAGUUGCCACCAUGCAGUUCUGUGCCCACAAGCUGGACAGGAAAGACUUCUUUGGGAAGUCGGACCCCUUCCUGGUCUUCUAUCGGAGUAACGAGGAUGGAACGUUUACUAUCUGCCACAAGACGGAGGUUGUGAAGAACACUCUAAACCCAGUGUGGCAGGCCAUCGCCAUUCCUGUCAGAGCACUGUGCAACGGAGACUUCCAUAGGACGAUCAAGGCAGAGGUGUACGACUGGGACAGAGAUGGCAGCCAUGACUUCAUCGGUGAAUUCACCACCAGCUACCGAGACCUGUCCCGAGGCCAGAGCCAGUUUAAUGUGUACGAGGUGGUGAAUGCCAAGAAGAAGAUCAAGAAGAAGAGAUACAUCAAUUCUGGGACGGUGACCAUGCUGUCGUUCGCGGUGGAGUCAGAACACACAUUCCUCGACUACAUUAAAGGAGGAACUCAGAUUCACUUCACGGUGGCCAUUGAUUUCACAGCAUCCAAUGGUAACCCGUCCCAGUCCACCUCCCUCCACUACAUGAACCCGUACCAGAUGAAUGCGUAUGCAAUGGCUCUGAAGGCUGUAGGGGAGAUCAUUCAGGACUAUGACAGUGACAAGAUGUUCCCUGCUCUGGGCUUCGGAGCAAAGCUGCCCCCCGAUGGACAUGUGUCCCACGAGUUCCCCUUGAAUGGCAACAUAGAGAACCCCUACUGUAACGGAAUGGAGGGAAUUCUAGAAGCAUACCAUCAGAGUCUGAAGACUGUACAGCUCUACGGACCCACCAACUUUUCUCCAGUUGUCAACCAUGUGGCAAAGUACGCAGCGGCCGUACAGGACGGCUCUCAGUACUUUGUCCUGCUCAUCAUCACAGACGGAGUCAUAUCAGACAUGGCCCAGACCAAGGAGGCCAUCGUCAAUGCUGCUAAGCUUCCUAUGUCUAUCAUCAUUGUUGGAGUUGGACAUGCUGAGUUUGAUGCCAUGGUGGAGUUGGACGGUGACGACAUCCGAAUCUCCUCGCGAGGGAAGCUAGCAGAAAGAGACAUUGUACAGUUUGUCCCGUUCAGAGACUACAUGGACCGAACAGGAAACCACGUGUUGAGUAUGGCCCGGCUAGCCAAAGACGUCCUGGCUGAGAUCCCUGAACAGCUCAUCCUCUACAUGAAGAAUAGAGGUAUCAAACCCUGUCCCCUGCCUCCACCCAAUGAGGAACCAGGCCCUAAGGAUCAAGACCACACCCACCCCUAUCUGAGCCCCACCCCUACCCCCACCCCCAUCUGAGGCUCCAACCCUGGGGAAGUAGUUUCCGGGUAGGGUGGGGGUGGUAGCCUGGAUGGUGCACCCCCUCAUGGAGAAAUGAAAUGUGAAAAUGCUUCAAGGCACAUUUUUCUCCUUCUUUACAUAUUCAUCUGGUUGUCAUGCUGAACAAAUAGCACUCUAUUUUCUCUGGAACGAGACUUCAGAAAGACUGCUUUGAGCAAAAAAAAGCUGAAGAUCAGGGAGUUUUACUUUUGGGUUUCAACGCCUGAUGGAAGGGGGGGAAGGGGAUAAGGAAGAGAAGAGAGAUGUAAAAGCAAGGCGUUAGCUGUCAAAGUGGUGACGUAAUGGGUAGUAUACCCUGAGAUAGAGAGGGAGGUUUGUGAGCGCAUUCAUUAUUAGAACGUGCCAGUUUGUGUCAUGUUUGUGCAUAUGAUACCUUUUAGAGUGGUUGUUUAUGUGGGGACUAAGAAAUCAUCUGUAUAAUGAUUUAUUUAUUGUAAAAACAACAGUAUUUAUUCAUGUUGGGGAUCCUCAUAUAUUCCCAUACCAAUUGUUGGGAUGAUCGAGGCUAAUAAAUAAUUGUUUAUUUCUACUUCAAAUAGUACUGUAAUAUAAAGCAUGUAAUAAUGAGAUACUGUCCAGCUGUUUAGGAAUAGUUGGGAAUGAUGAAGAUGAGUUAUUCGACAUGUUUGACUGUAACAGUCAUUCAGAGAACCAACUGUUUGUGUGACAGUUUACCUUCAUGCACCAUAUACAACACCUACUUCCCCUACACAUAUUCAAUGUGUAUCAACAAAAUGCACUAUAACAGUCCAAAUAAAAAGCACAAAUAUCAUUCACAAUGCAUUAAUACUGAAAUAUAUAUCACAAUUAUAUACAAGCAACCAACAGCUACCACAACAAAUACAAUGGAAAGGACUGUUAUAAUUUUAAAAAAUCCAGUUCUAGAAUAUCAUUGUUGAUGAGAAUCUAUUUACUUGACAUUCUGCAUUCUUAAUAUUAUAAUACAUCUAGUUAUGCAUGAGCAUAGCCACAUCUUCAAAGGCCUCGAAUUUACACAGCAUUUACAUAGCAUUUACAUAGUCGUAGUAUGUGGAGGGAAUACAUUGUCGUUUAUAUGAUCCUUCUCAUUAUAUUUGCUGUGGUCGAUGUUGUUGUUUCUGUUUUGAUUGUUCGUCAACCCUUGCACACCGAGCCAUGGUAUUUAAGACAGCGGGUGGAUAUUAAGACAGCGGGUGGAUGUUAAGACAACGGGUGGAUAUUAAGACAGCGGGUGGAUAUUAAGACAACGGGUGGAUAUUAAGACAGCGGGUGGAUAUUAAGACAACGGGUGGAUAUUAAGACAACGGGUGGAUAUUAAGACAGCAGCGGGUGGAUAUUAAGACAACGGGUGGAUAUUAAGACAGCAGCGGGUGGAUAUUAAGACAGCAGCGGGUGGAUAUUAAGACAGCAGCGGGUGGAUAUUAAGACAGCGGGUGUAUAUUAAGACAGCGGGUGUAUAUUAAGACAACGGGUGGAUAUUAAGACAGCGGGUGGAUAUUAAGACAGCGGGUGUAUAUUAAGACAACGGGUGGAUAUUAAGACGCGGGUGGAUAUUAAGACAGCAGCGGGUGGAUAUUAAGACAGCAGCGGGUGGAUAUUAAGACAGCAGCGGGUGGAUAUUAAGACAACGGGUGGAUAUUAAGACAACGGGUGGAUAUUAAGACAGCGGGUGUAUAUUAAGACAACGGGUGGAUAUUAAGACAACGGGUGGAUAUUAAGACAGCGGGUGUAUAUUAAGACAACAGCGGGUGUAUAUUAAGACAGCAGCGGGUGGAUAUUAAGACAGCAGCGGGUGGAUAUUAAGACAGCAGCGGGUGGAUAUUAAGACAGCAGCGGGUGGAUAUUAAGACAGCAGCGGGUGGAUAUUAAGACAGCAGCGGGUGGAUAUUAAGACAGCAGCGGGUGGAUAUUAAGACAGCAGCGGGUGGAUAUUAAGACAGCAGCGGGUGGAUAUUAAGACAGCAGCGGGUGGAUAUUAAGACAGCAGCGGGUGGAUAUUAAGACAGAGGGUGGAUAUUAAGACAGCAGCGGGUGGAUAUUAAGACAGCAGCGGGUGGAUAUUAAGACAGCAGCGGGUGGAUAUUAAGACAGAGGGUGGAUAUUAAGACAGCAGCGGGUGGAUAUUAAGACAGCAUCGGGUGGAUAUUAAGACAGCAGCGGGUGGAUAUUAAGACAGCAGCGGGUGGAUAUUAAGACAACGGGUGGAUAUUAAGACAACGGGUGGAUAUUAAGACAGCAGCGGGUGGAUAUUAAGACAACGGGUGGAUAUUAAGACAGAGGUUGGAUAUUAAGACAGCGGGUGGAUAUUAAGACAGCGGGUGGAUAUUAAGACAGCAGCGGGUGGAUAUUAAGACAGCGGGUGGAUAUUAAGACAGAGGUUGGAUAUUAAGACAGCGGGUGGAUAUUAAGACAGCGGGUGGAUAUUAAGACAGCAGCGGGUGGAUAUUAAGACAGCAGCGGGUGGAUAUUAAGACAGAGGUUGGAUAUUAAGACAGCCGGUGGAUAUUAAGACAGAGGUUGGAUAUUAAGACAGAGGGUGGAUAUUAAGACAGCGGGUGGUUAUUAAGACAACGGGUGGAUAUUAAGACAGCGGGUGGAUAUUAAGACAGCAGCGGGUGGAUAUUAAGACAGAGGUUGGAUGUUAAGACAGAGGGUGGAUAUUAAGACAGCGGGUGGAUAUUAAGACAACGGGUGGAUAUUAAGACAGCGGGUGGAUAUUAAGACAGCAGCGGGUGGAUAUUAAGACAGAGGUUGGAUAUUAAGACAGAGGGUGGAUAUUAAGACAGCGGGUGGAUAUUAAGACAGCAGCGGGUGGAUAUUAAGACAGAGGUUGGAUAUUAAGACAGAGGGUGGAUAUUAAGACAGCGGGUGGAUAUCAAGACAGCAGCGGGUGGAUAUUAAGACAGAGGUUGGAUAUUAAGACAGAGGGUGGAUAUUAAGACAGAGGGUGGAUAUUAAGACAGAGGUUGGAUAUUAAGACAACAGCGGGUGGAUAUUAAGACAGAGGUUGGAUAUUAAGACAACAGCGGGUGGAUAUUAAGACAGCGGGUGGAUAUUAAGACAGCAGCGGGUGGAUAUUAAGACAGAGGUUGGAUAUUAAGACAGAGGGUGGAUAUUAAGACAGCGGGUGGAUAUCAAGACAGCAGCGGGUGGAUAUUAAGACAGAGGUUGGAUAUUAAGACAGAGGGUGGAUAUUAAGACAGAGGGUGGAUAUUAAGACAGAGGUUGGAUAUUAAGACAACAGCGGGUGGAUAUUAAGACAGAGGUUGGAUAUUAAGACAACAGCGGGUGGAUAUUAAGACAGCGGGUGGAUAUUAAGACAGCAGCGGGUGGAUAUUAAGACAGAGGUUGGAUAUUAAGACAGAGGGUGGAUAUUAAGACAGCGGGUGGAUAUUAAGACAGCAGCGGGUGGAUAUUAAGACAGAGGUUGGAUAUUAAGACAACAGAGGGUGGAUAUUAAGACAGAGGGUGGAUAUUAAGACAGAGGUUGGAUAUUAAGACAACAGCGGGUGGAUAUUAAGACAGAGGUUGGAUAUUAAGACAACAGAGGGUGGAUAUUAGGACAACAGAGGGUGGAUAUUAAGACAACAGAGGGUGGAUAUUAAGACAACAGAGGGUGGAUAUUAAGACAGCAGAGGGUGGAUAUUAAGACAACAGAGGGUGGAUAUUAAGACAGAGGGUGGAUAUUAAGACAGAGGUUGGAUAUUAAGACAACAGCGGGUGGAUAUUAAGACAGAGGUUGGAUAUUAAGACAACAGAGGGUGGAUAUUAAGACAACAGAGGGUGGAUAUUAAGACAACAGAGGGUGGAUAUUAAGACAACAGAGGGUGGAUAUUAAGACAGCAGAGGGUGGAUAUUAAGACAGCAGAGGGUGGAUAUUAAGACAACAGAGGGUGGAUAUUAAGACAACAGAGGGUGGAUAUUAAGACAACAGAGGGUGGAUAUUAAGACAACAGAGGGUGGAUAUUAAGACAACAGAGGGUGGAUAUUAAGACAACAGAGGGUGGAUAUUAAGACAGCGGGUGGAUAUUAAGACAACAGAGGGUGGAUAUUAAGACAACAGAGGGUGGAUAUUAAGACAACAGAGGGUGGAUAUUAAGACAACAGCGGGUGCAUAUUAAGACAACAGAGGGUGGAUAUUAAGACAACAGAGGGUGGAUAUUAAGACAACAGAGGGUGGAUAUUAAGACAACAGCGGGUGCAUAUUAAGACAACAGAGGGUGGAUAUUAAGACAACAGAGGGUGGAUAUUAAGACAACAGAGGGUGGAUAUUAAGACAACAGCGGGUGCAUAUUAAGACAACAGAGGGUGGAUAUUAAGACAACAGAGGGUGGAUAUUAAGACAACAGCGGGUGCAUAUUAAGACAACAGAGGGUGGAUAUUAAGACAGCGGGUGUAUAAAAGUGAGAAUGUACUAAAAAGUUAGUAUAAUGUUAGUUUGGUUUCUUCAGUUUGAUGUCAAGUCAACCACAUUCCUUUUAUUGUUGGACUCAAUUGCUUUCUUUAACCGGACGGAAAACGUAACAAUGAAAAAUACUUUGAGAACGGCGUAAUAGAAUAAUUGGAAGUACUGUGGUAUAUUGUAUAUUAAUUGUGUUUAUAACAAGUCAUUAAAAGGGAGUGGAUAUAAAAAGCAACUGCACAAAGAGCAGUUGAUACCGUGAACAAUCUGUUUUACUUCCACUGGACUACUGACAGAUUCAAACUUGCUGCCAGGGAUGUAUUGCCGUCUUUAAUUGAAGUUGGUUGAUGUAUAUGUGACCGACUGGGGUUCGAACCCGGGUUUCCUAAGAACCGCAAGACUGUUUUAGCCCGUUAAGCUAAACCCUAGCCAUUAGCUGAAGGGGCCAACACAAGUCUUCUGGUUUCGGACAAGGUUACUCAUAACACGAGCCUGGUUCCGAACGGCCUCUGUUACACUGUAUGUAUCAAGACCACUUUCAAUUGUUGGUAUAAUGCCAUCUAUGACUUGUUGUUAUAUUGCCAUCUUUGAGAGAGUUGUUGAUACAUUUUGCCAAAUUGAAGUUGUUGACAAAUUAAUGUAGUAGUUUCCUGAGCGAACAGCGGAGCAGCGUAACCACACAGCAGAGCAGCGUAACCACACAGCAGAGCAGCGUAACCACACAGCAGAGCAGCGUCACCACACAGCAGAGCAGCGUCACCACACAGCAGAGCAGCGUCACCACACAGCAGAGCAGCGUCACCACACAGCAGAGCAGCGUCACCACACAGCAGAGCAGCGUCACCACACAGCAGACCAUCAUUGGCUCUGUCUCUUCAGUCCGACCGGGUUAACCUCCCGCAGAGGGGACACAGCAGAGCGUCAUUGGCUCUGUCUCUUCAGUCCGACCGGGUUAACCUCCCGUAGAGGGGACACAGCAGAGCGUCAUUGGCUCUGUCUCUUCAGUCCGACCGGGUUAACCUCCCGUAGAGGGGACACAGCAGAGCGUCUUUGGCUCUGUCUCUUCAGUCCGACCGGGUUAACCUCCCGCAGAGGGGACACAGCAGAGCGUCAUUGGCUCUGUCUCUUCAGUCCGACCGGGUUAACCUCCCGCAGAGGGGACACAGCAGACCGUCAUUGGCUCUGUCUCUUCAGUCCGACCGGGUUAACCUCCCGCAGAGGGGACACAGCAGAGCGUCAUUGGCUCUGUCUCUUCAGUCCGACCGGGUUAACCUCCCGCAGAGGGGACACAGCAGAGCGUCAUUGGCUCUGUCUCUUCAGUCCGACCGGGUUAACCUCCCGCAGAGGGGACACAGCAGAGCGUCAUUGGCUCUGUCUCUUCAGUCCGACCGGGUUAACCUCCCGUAGAGGGGACACAGCAGACCGUCAUUGGCUCUGUCUCUUCAGUCCGACCGGGUUAACCUCCCGUAGAGGGGACACAGCAGAGCGUCAUUGGCUCUGUCUCUUCAGUCCGACCGGGUUAACCUCCCGUAGAGGGGACACAGCAGACCGUCAUUGGCUCUGUCUCUUCAGUCCGACCGGGUUAACCUCCCGUAGAGGGGACACAGCAGAGCGUCAUUGGCUCUGUCUCUUCAGUCCGACCGGGUUAACCUCCCGUAGAGGGGACACAACAGACCGUCAUUGGCUCUGUCUCUUCAGUCCGACCGGGUUAACCUCCCGUAGAGGGGACACAGCAGAGCGUCAUUGGCUCUGUCUCUUCAGUCCGACCGGGUUAACCUCCCGUAGAGGGGACACAGCAGAGCGUCAUUGGCUCUGUCUCUUCAGUCCGACCGGGUUAACCUCCCGCAGAGGGGACACAGCAGACCGUCAUUGGCUCUGUCUCUUCAGUCCGACCGGGUUAACCUCCCGUACAGGGGACACAGCAGAGUGUCAUUGGCUCUGUCUCUUCAGUCCGACCGGGUUAACCUCCCGUAGAGGGGACACAGCAGAGCGUCAUUGGCUCUGUCUCUUCAGUCCGACCGGGUUAACCUCCCGUAGAGGGGACACAGGAGAUAGAUAGCAUCUGUCUGCACUAUUGAUUGCCAAGUCUUUUUCUACAGUUGAAGGAAAUGUGCAUAAUGAUGUCUUCUUCUCUCUGUUUAAUGCCAAUGCAGCUCUAUACGAUAUAGGCUACAGUCACAAAACCCAAUAUUUUCUCACAGAUAGGUCACAACGAUGCAACAUCUCUAUAAAAUGUGUCUACCUACAGUAUGGAAACUCCCUUUUGCAUAUCCAGAUUCGAUUUUCGUUAUUUAAUUUUGUUAGCAACCGUUCCCUUCCUGUAUUAUAUUAUUGAACAUAUGAUUCCUAAUGUCUAGAAUGAUGUUAAUUUCAUAUGUACAGUAAAGCCAACCCAACAACAACAACAACAACAAAAAUAUACUAUUAUUUACUAACUAUUAUUAUUGCAUCUUAAAGAAAAGAUAUGCCGUAUGGUCCUACAAGUGUGCUGUUAUUGUAUUAAAUGAGAUCCAUGUCACUGAUGUUUCGGCAGUAUAAUGCACGUAUGACAGGGUUUUGCUAUACAUUUUCAACGUUAGCAUUUGUUUACAAUUUAGAUAGACUGACUGAAGCUAUAUUUACAUUGCCUCAAGGUACGAGCGAAUAUCGAUGAGAAAGGGUUUGUUGAUCAGUCUCUAUUUCGUGUACCGGGCGAUAAUGGACGCGGUUUGAGCAUAGAGCAAAUGAUUCUAAGGGAAAUAUGUAAUUGUAGUUAAAGAUUUGUAUUGUUCUUUUGACAAGUUCUGUUAAAGAUAUUUUGUGUUGAGUUUAACAAAGCAAUCGUGAAAGAUUAUGCAGUUGAAAACAUCUUUUGAAUCCUGUGUACACAAGCCCCAUAUAAAUGACUGGACUUGGUAUCCAACAGAUUUCAAAAGAUGUUCUGUUGAAAUUGGCCUCUUUAAGAAAAUGUGCAUGUUUGUGAUCCCUCCUCGUCCUCUCACCUUACCGAUGGCCUGUGAUAGGCCGGCACUUCCUGAGCGAGCCAUUUGUAUGGUAAGAUGCUGAUGAUUAUAUCUACGGUAGACAGCACUCAUCUAGCAUGUUGCAUUCCUGCUUUUCUCUUUUAGUUUGUUCCUAGAUGGGUCCUGCGUUUGGUUAUCCUUAUUUAUACUUUGAGCCCCGGGGUGUUUACAGCACACUGUAGACAUAGAAUGGCAUGUCAUUCUAUGCCAUUGUAUAUCUAUGCUUUACAGUGUGUACCUCCCUCCUGGUCUCUGGUUCGCAUGCUGAUGAUGAAGAAUACUUUUCCAAACCAGACAUUGGACAUAAUUGUUGUCAUUCUGUGGUUUGUGUAAAAAUGCAAUGUAAUGGAUUGCCUUAAUAAAGUGAUUGAAGAGUAAUGAAA